AUUUUCCUUGAUUUGGUGUUCAUCAAUUGUUGCAAUGGCUGUCGUAUUUUCUGUUCCAUACCGGACCAUUAUACCACCCCUCCAACCGCAACACCCACCAACAUCGCCGGACUCGUUUCGUGCAACACCGUCGUCAAGCCCGAUCAGAGACGAGCGAGGUCUAGCGUUGCAUCUACCAUACCUGCUCGCCCCUGUUUCACGGCCAACAUCUCCUGCCUCUGAAUCCCGAAUAGACACCCUCGUAUGCCAGAUCCGUGACAAAGAGAUCCUCGAUCUGUAUCUGGUCUCCACCAAGCUGCGAGGACCCUUCGGACCAGGCGCUUCAAAGUGGGGCGUCGGAAGUGGGAGACAAGAAACCUAUGAUGAAGAGGAUCUCGUGUUACCAGAGUGCGAAGAACAUGCAGCGGAGUUGGAGAGGCAGAAGACGGAUCGAAGGAUGAACAAGAUAACCCCCAACCACUACCCUUCUCCCCUUCCACUACGGUUGACCGAUCAAGAACCCGAUCUCACAUUCUCCUCUCGCUCUACCAUCUCACCAUUGCUUUCGUUGGGUACACCUAAAGCGACCUCAACCCCCGUAGCUCUCUCCAAGUCGUCGUCAUCGCAGUUGUCCGCUACGCAGACAAGGUUGAGCUUUCCUCACUCAAAACCUGCUGCCACACGAACGCAGUCCAAGGACAGUUUGAAGCCAUCAACCCCAAUCAAUAUGUCUCCACCAAAGCGUACAAUAUCUCGGUUCGCUUUCUCAAAACUCGACGCGAAGCAUGGUGUCCCUCCUGACCGGGCCCACUCAAGCCAGCCAACGCCAUUCAACAGCCAGUUCAAUGUUGAUCAGGCAGCUCAAGACCUGAGCAACCUGCUAGAGGAGGAUGCAUUCGAAGUUGAAAGAGGAUGUCAACGUGUUGUAGUGGUCUCGUCUGAUGAACACUGA